AGAGCAAAUAAUAAAAUCUGGGGUUCUGGAGUGUAUUGAUCGCCCUUGAGGAGUUAUUUGAUGGAAAGUAAUGAAUUUCUGUAGAACAGAUUCUCCCUGUGCAUUGUGCGUCUGCUGGUCUCCUGAAGGCUGCCUUUUAAGCCUUCAAAAGAAUUUAGAGGAGCGUAUCUGAGAAGGUGAUCUGAGCCUCCUUGCUGCAUUACAAGCUCACACAAAAUAUGAAUAAUAUGAGUUUCAGCAAGCAAACCUGUUGGCUUUAGGAUGUAAAGGGAAGCUGGCAGCUGCCGUCUUGUCUUGUUAACUAGCGAUGAUUCAAGUCUUGCAGAUUGUAAAAGAACUGGUCUCACCGUCGAGGCGCAGAGCUACCACAGAGAAGAAAGAUCCAGAUUCAGAACAGGAUGCAGCUCUUAAAUCUGCUGUGGAACGAGCUGACAUAGUUGCUAAAUAUGACAAAGGCCGAGACGGAGCAAAGAUUGAACCCUGGGAAGAUGCAGACUAUCUAGUUUAUAAGGUCACUGACAGAUUUGGCUUUCUGCAUGAUCAAGAGCUGCCUUCUUACGAUGAUGCAACAGAAAAGCAAAAACUCCUUGAGAUUGAAAGAACAUCAAAGUGGGUGAAAAUGUUCAGAAGUUGGGAUAGGUACAAGAACACUGAAAAGCUCCACAGAAGAAUCUACAAAGGUAUCCCACUUCAGCUAAGAGGGCAGGUGUGGUCGCUAAUCUUGGAGGUUCCAAAACUUAAAGACGAACGGAAGGACCUUUACAUGAUUCUGAAACAGAAAGCAAGGCGUCUGUCUCCUGACAUUAGGCAGAUUGAUUUGGAUGUUAACCGAACAUUUCGAGAUCACAUUAUGUUCAGAGACCGAUAUGGUGUUAAACAGCAAGCUUUAUUUCAUGUGUUGGCUGCAUAUUCAUUGUAUAACACGGAAGUUGGAUACUGUCAGGGAAUGAGCCAAAUUACCGCGUUACUACUCAUGUAUAUGAAUGAAGAAGAUGCCUUUUGGGCCUUGGUAAAACUGUUCUCCGACAAUAGACAUUCUAUGCAUGGUUUCUUUGUACCAGGUUUCCCAAAGCUUUUAAGAUUUCAGGAGCACCAUGACAAAAUAAUGAAGAAAUUUAUGCCUAAGCUUAAGAAGCACUUUGAAUCUCAGGAACUCUACACAAGUCUGUACACUAUGAAAUGGUUUUUCCAGUGCUUCCUAGAUCGGACUCCUUUCACGCUUAACUUAAGGAUAUGGGAUAUCUACAUACUUGAAGGAGACAGAGUCCUUACCGCUAUGUCCUACACCAUUUUAAAACUGCAUAAAAAAUACCUAAUGAAGCUGUCUAUGGAAGAGCUCAUAGAAUUCCUGCAGGAAAAUCUUGCCAAGAACUUUGGUUUUGAAGAUGAUUAUGUAAUAGAUCAACUUCAACUUUCUAUGUCUGAACUGAAGCGGGCAAAGCUUGACCUUCCUCCACCAGGGAAAGAUGAAGAGUUUCCAAAAAAACAACUAGGCCAAGUUCCUUACGAGCCACCUCCAGUACAUCUCAAUCAUGUUAUGAACGGACAAAAGAUUACCAACAAACUUCCUUCUCAGAUGAAAGCAGAAAAAGUACCAUCUCCCAAUAAAGGACAGCAAGUGUCCCCAAGCAUCGAAAGAAGAAGAAAUAACUCCAUGGAAAAAGCCAAUUUAAAAACUCCAAAGCGAGGCCCCAUAGACAACCGUCCUGAACAGAAUAAGGGAGAAACACAACAGCAGAAAUAUCCACAGCCUGCUGUAGCUACUCAAGACAAUGAUAAAAUAUCUAAUCAUGCUACAGCUAACCAGAACUCAAAUGCAGCAUCCAGUGCCUCAAAGGGAAUUGCUCCUAGAUGGAACCUGCCAUCAGAAUCCAAAAAUAAGGAUCCAAUGAUGAAACAUGGUGACGGAAGAGGAAGACCACCAGAUUAUAAUGUUUCAAGUCAUCUUGAAUCUCAAGUUCUGAUCACUAAGAAAAAAGGCAGGGUUAUUGACAUGGAUGGUAAAAGAGGAUCUAAUGCAUCACAGUAUGAUAAUGUUUCUGGAGGUGAACAUGAAAAUGAUAAUCAUGCUGAAGACAUCAGGCAACGAUCAGAUUCUCUUAGUCAAAGAAAUGUAAUGUACUCCACUGGCACUUCUUCAAGACAUCCUUCAAAAAGUUCCAGUCCACCAAGAACAGUUGAAAACAUGGGAAUUAUACAGCCACAUUCUCCAUAUCGGGAUACUGAUUUUGAGUAUAACAUGAAGCAGUCACCACCUGUAUAUAGUGAUCCACCUCUUUACAGUGAUAACACUAAAUAUUCAGCAAGUAGAAUGAAUAGUGAACAUCAUUCCCCGGUAAACUGGAUUAGCCCAUCAAAUCGAUCAUAUGAUUAUAACUUUGACUUUUUUCCAGAUAAAAUGCCUGUGAAAUCGUCUGCUAGGCAGUACCCUUAUACAUCACCUUCCAACAGGAUUGAAGUUCUACCAGCGGAUGACAGUGAAACUGUUCGGCUAGGCGGUUUUAGUCCAAGGGAAAACAACAGAUAUGUAUUACCCUCAGUAGAUUAUCCUAACACAUCCUACACAUAUUUUCCAGAUGUAACAUUAGGAACCAAUGGACAUCCGUUAAACAAGGAAAGCUCCAGAGGUUACAUGUCCAGUUUGCAAAAGUCUCCUGGGGUUCAACACUCACCAAAUCAGGCCUAUAAUUUUUCAUCCUUGUCUAUAAAUAACCCAACGAGAUACAGGACUUCUCCACACAAUGAACACGUUAAUCAACCUCGGUAUCUUCAUUCAAACUCUGGAGUUAGUGGACAACCGUUCAGAAAUCCUCGUGAUGGGAUCAUAAUGCAUGAAUCAGUGAUGCUGUGAAAAAAUAUUUACUGCUUGAUGAAGUCAUUUUAAAAACAGGGCAAACAUAAACUGUUGGCUUGUUUAGAAAAAAACAACAUUUCAAACUUAAAUAUUUGCUUCGGUGCAUUUUGUUUUAGAAGGGUUUAAAUCGGUUAUUGUACUUUAAACAAUGAAAUGCAGAUUAUGCCAGAUGUGCUUCAAUAAACAAAGUGCAUGUGUGUAGUCAUGGGAUGUUCUAGGUAACCUCAGAACCUUUCAGAAUGAGAAACAUAGACAUUGACCUUUCUUCUGCGUAUAAUAUAUAUUGUUGGGGAAAAAGAUAUUAACACAAUUUGUGUUUGUAUCCCAAUGUGGCUUACGGAGGUUUCAGUCAGGAUGUUAUGUGUCAAGGUUAUCAGUUGGUCUUAAUUAAAGGGAAAAAUAGAUCUUUUUAUUCUGAGCUUUAUGCAGCCUUCACCUUAAAUGUCAGGGAUGCACAACCCCAGUCUUUGACGUCCACAAACAGGUCACAAUUUUGGAUAUCCCAUCUCAAUAAUAAAAAAAACAAAAACAUUGUUACUUGUUUUAAGUAAUUCCUGGCCUGCUUAUGGCUCUCGAGAACUCGAGUUGUACAGCCCUUUAAAAUUGCUCCCAUUUAUGCAAUGUAUUAUUGUCCAAAUUCUAUAGUUGACCCUAAAAAUAUACUUCUGCUUAGUAUGCAUGUCAUGUGGCCAGGCUGCAAUGUGACACUCACCAUGGCAGCUUACUAUGGUGUAGCUAAUGGAAACUGCGGUCUAUGCAGAUCAGUUUAUAAAAAAGAA